ACCGUGGCUAAAAACAACAACAAACGUUCCAGUAAUGCUCACCGAGGCCGUGAGCUGAAGGUUCAUUAAGAUGAUUUACGUCAUCAUGGGAGUCUCAGGCUGUGGAAAAAGCACAUUUGGGGCAUUCCUCUCAGAAAAGUUGGGCUGGUCGCUGUAUGAAGGAGAUGACUUCCAUCCACAGGAGAAUAUUGAGAAGAUGACUCGUGGUGACUCGCUCACAGACCAGGACAGAUUGCCUUGGCUCUUGAAGCUACAUGAAGUUAUUGAGCGAGAAAGGUGUUCAGGCUCUGAUGUCAUUGUGGUGUGCUCUGCCCUCAAGCGACUCUACAGACAAAUCCUGAUCUAUGGUUCCAGUGCACUCAUUUCCUCUUCUGGUCCAGACCAAGAAACUCUGCCUCCCUCUUGUCCUGAUGUGUUUUUUCUCUUCCUACAUGGGGACUAUAAUCUCAUUCACCAGAGGAUGGUGGCCCGUAGAGGACACUAGAAAGCUGACCUGCUGCGUUCCCAGUUUGAUGUUUUAGAACCUCCACUGGAUGAGGAGAAUGUAAUACCACUUGACAUUAGGAAGUGCAUCUCUGAUAUGACGGCGGAGAUUGAAAAACAUCUCAGCCUGAGAUCACAGCUGACGUAACCAUGGCAGCGCAGCAUACACAGUCAGAGCUCAUAUUAUCUGUGAGCGAUGGGACUAAUGACAUCAAGCCUGCUCAGGUUUUAUGAUUGAAAGAUAAUUUAUUAAUUUAUAAGCACAGAGGCACACCAAGUCUUGUUUUUUUUAUUUCAAACAAAUAUGGAUUAUAUGUUCUUUCAUGACAGUCCUGCAUAAAAAAGCACUUCAACAUUUAAAACAGGAGUGCACUUGCUAUCAUUUGUGCGCACAGUUGUGCUGGUUGUAAAGUGAGGUGUGGUCAUGUGCAGUAUAGGUGGGUGAUUCUUUAACUACGGGCACUAUUGGCCUUGUAAAUGUAAUUUCCACCACACCAUUGCCUUACAAUAUAAAGCGCCUUGGGGCAACUGUUUGUUGUGAUUUCGCGCUAUAUACAUGUGC